UCCCUAAACGGUGCUUUUCUCUUCUCCCAACCUUUUUUCUCCUAUUCGAUUAUGGCAACCCCCUCUUCGGUAUUUAGAUUCCUAUACUAUCCUGCUUUUUCUUUAACCAAACCUUUUAACUUAAAUCAUCUUACUCAUUGCUUCGUCAGAUGUUAGAAAAAUAUAAUCACCAAUUAUUCACACGUGUGUUUCUGGAGAUGGCUUGGAUCAUUCUAAGAAUUGACUAUUCCAGGCUUUUCUGACUCCUCUUUAGGGUAUUCUCUUAUGAAAAUCUCAAGGGAAAGCACCUCUCUUCAUCUAGGUGCUUAGUUUGAGUUUGAAUUAUCACAUAAGUUCAUUUCUUUUCCAAGUUUUUCAAAUUUUCUGGGAAACGAGACACGUUUUCAAGAGAGCAAAAGAUGUACAGAAAGCAAGCUGAUGAAGGCAAGGUAGAUAUAACUGGAUACGUAGAAACCGAUCCUUCUGGUCGAUAUGGUCGAUUUGAUGAAGUUCUUGGGAAAGGAGCAAUGAAAACAGUGUACAGGGCAAUUGAUGAAGUUUUUGGAGUGGAAGUGGCAUGGAACCAAGUUAAGCUCAACGACGUGAUGCGUUCACCGGACGAUUUGCAGCGUUUGUAUUCUGAAGUUCACCUCCUCAGUACACUCAAACACGACUCCAUCAUCCGUUUCUACACCUCUUGGGUCAAUACACAACAUAAGACCUUUAACAUCAUCACCGAAAUGUUUACUUCAGGAACUCUCAGAGAAUACCGGAAAAAAUAUAACAGAGUAGACAUUCGAGCAAUUAAAAGUUGGGCACGCCAAGUAUUGCGAGGCCUUGUUUAUCUACAUGGCCAUGACCCUCCUGUAAUACAUAGAGACCUAAAAUGUGACAACAUUUUUGUGAAUGGUCAUCUGGGACAAGUAAAGAUUGGUGAUUUAGGACUUGCAGCAAUUCUUCGCAGAUCAAGAUCAGCUCACAGUGUCAUAGGCACUCCAGAGUUCAUGGCACCUGAAUUGUAUGAAGAGGAUUACAAUGAACUAGUAGAUGUGUAUUCAUUUGGGAUGUGUGUUUUAGAGAUGCUUACAUGUGAAUAUCCAUAUAGUGAAUGUAUCAAUCCAGCACAAAUUUACAAGAAAGUUAGCUCGGGGAAAUUACCAGGAGCCUUUUACAGAAUCCAAGACUUGGAAGCACAAAGAUUCAUAGGGAACUGCUUGGUCACAGCUUCAAAGAGAUUGUCUGCAAAAGAACUCUUGCUUGAUCCAUUCUUGGCUUCUGACGAGGCUAAGUUGUUGUGUAAAACAGAGCAAAUUCCAAAGCCCUUUUUGAAUGAAAAGGAAAUGGAAAAAAUGCAGUUGAGUGAUCAUCCUCCAAGGACUGAUAUGACAAUCACAGGCAAUUUUAAUCAUGAAGAUGAUACCAUUAUUCUUAAAGUCCUAAUUGCUGAAAAAGAUGGUUCCAAAAGGAAUGUAUAUUUUCCCUUUGACAUUGCAAAUGAUACACCAAUGGAAGUGGCAGUAGAGAUGGUGAAGGAGCUUGAGAUAACUGAUUGGGAGCCAUCUGAAAUAGCAGAAAUGAUUGAUGGGGAGAUUUCUGCUCUAGUAGCACAAUGGAAGAAAUGGGAUCUGCCUCAUUUUGAAGCUCACCAUACAUAUAAUUACAAAGAACUUGAAGAUUAUGAUGAUGAUGAGCCUAAUCAUCCUGUAUACUCUUACACAUCUCGUUCAUCAUCUCAGGUUUCAUUGCCAGGCUUGAUGACAAAUAGCUACAACUGGCUCAAAGAUGAUUUAUAUGAUGAUACGAGCUCUCAAAGUUCUUCACACUCAGGAACAUACACCAACAUGAAUUAUUAUUCUGGAGAUGAGCACCAUCAUUAUAUGAGCCCCAUUAGAUGGGAUCAUAAACAAGUCACAUUCUCAAGGCCUCAUCAAAACUCAACAAGAUUUUGUCCUGAAGAAAAUGUUAAUAUUCCCUUCAGGCAAUGCAAAUUUCUACUUGAUUCUCAUUCUCAUGGACCUUCUUCUUCUUCUAAACCUAGAAGGGUGACCAUGGACACUCGAAGAUUAAUGAGGAACCGCUCUCUGGUAGACGUUCAUAGCCAGUUGCUACACCGGUCAUUGGUAGAAGAAGUUAACAAGAGAAGGUUGUUUAAAACAGUUGGAGCUGUGGAAAAUAUUGGAUUUCAAGCACCUUGUGUGGUUUCAGAUAAAAAGGUGUCAAAAAUGAUUUCAAAUCGGAAGGAGAAGAAUUUAGGAUCUCAAUUAACUAGUUGAUCUCUAUUCUCUUGAAUAUUAAAGCAAUGUUUGAAGAUGGAGGAUCAAAUAAAAUGCUUCAGAAGCUGAAAUGACAAGAAGUUACGUAAAUCGUCUGAUCAGCCGGUAAUAUAAGGUAAUCUUGGGUUGAGAA